UUUGACUACUCCCUGAACAGUGCGCUGCUAUCAUUUCAAAGUGAAAUAUGGAGGUAAAAUGUGGUGCUUAAAUACAUGGGUGAGAUUCUGAUGUGAAAAUGAGUUGGAUGCUCUCGUUUGGGGUGGCUGUGGCCCUGCUGGCUCUCUGUAGGGGACAGGACACUGUGGAUGAAGGAAAUAGCCUGUGUCUGUCUGGCUACCACCUGUGCACUCAUAACGAAACAAAGAUUGUGAGUUUCCUGGUGGUGCACAAGGUUCCCUAUUCAGUGUCAAAGCCUUGUGGCGGUUGGCUCCUCUGGAAGACUUGUAAUGUCACAAAGUACAGGAUGAUCCAUCAGACUGAGUACAAGCUGGUGACGGAGCAGGUGAUGGGAUGCUGCUCUGGCUAUGUGCAAGUUGGUCGUUACUGUGCCCUGCCUGUAAACAGGAGUGGUGAGUUUAGCUCCAAGCCAGGAUCCUGUCCAACUGCAGAUGGAUUGCAUCCCAGUUCUGAGGAGUGUGACUUGGAUAUAGACUGUCCAGGCUGGCAAAAAUGCUGCCAGAGAUCUCACCGCUCUUCCUGCAGUGAUCCACUGCAUCGUCUCCUCAAACGCAUAGAGGAAGUGUCUUCAAUAACAGUGCGAGACGUAGACGAGUGUGCACACUCUGCUCUGCGGCGGUGCUCGCUUCGGGCCGACUGCAACAACACAGUGGGUUCUUAUGAGUGCGUCUGCCACCACGGUUACAUCGAUGUUGACCCGAGCAACCCUGGAGCCCACUGUGCAGCUGACACUGGAGUGUGGCCCACCGCUGAGCCCACCCUGACCAGCCCUGCAUUGAUGAACACAACCUCUCCCCCUGCUUCCAAUCGCACACAAGGCCCUCCCGGAUACAACACAACAGGUUUCUUCACAUCCACCGAGAUCAGCAUGACUGCCGCUCCAAGCAAUACGACCUCUGUCUCUUGGAAUUCAUCACAAGCUUCGCUGUGGACGAGUUCUGCAUCUCACAGCCAAAUGAAUACAGCCGUGGAGUCAGCUCUUCCAACAAAACAGACUUACCUGGUUGUUCUAAGAAAAGGGUCAGAGGUCAUUCAGACUCAGAAAAUCAGCGAUACCACGAUAGAGGUGAGCGGACUGAAGCCUGGACUGCUCUACAAUGUUACCGUCACACCUCGUGCCUGCAGAAAACGAGGAGCCCCUCUUCACAUCUCAGUAAAAACCUACGCUCAGACUCUCGAUGCCACAACACGACUUACCAACAUAAAGUUCACAGCUGACCUCCAGAACACCAGCAGUCAGGCCUACAAAACCCUCAGUGAGAGUAUAACAGAAGAGAUCUACCAGUCUCUGUCUCCAGAGGUGAAAGCCAUGGUGGAUUCAGGCCGAGUCAGGAUCGAGAUCAGAAACUUUUUCCCGGGGAGCGUGAUGGUCAACUUCACCAUAGUGUUUAUCCCGAGUCAAAGCCUGGACAUAAGCAAUGUGUCCACAGCGGUUCUGCAGUCCCUGACGAACAGCUCGACAUACACAGUAGAUCAAAACAGCACCAGUCUAAAUGAUUUUAAUGAAUGUGCUUCGGGGGAGAAUGAUUGCUCCCAGUCGGCCACAUGUAAUAACACCUGGGGCUCCUAUUCAUGUGUUUGCCUGCUCGGGUUUACUGACAACGACCCAGAGAGACCUGGACGGGUCUGCCGAGCACCUACAACCUUAGAAACGGCAGCACCGCCCCUGACAACAAGAAUAACACCCACUGAGCCAGCUGUAACCACUUUAACUACUCCUCCAGAAAUAACCACAGACAGUAUAUCAACAAUCUCAACUGUUGCUCAAGCUUCCACCAUCACUACCCCGACAACCAGUACUUCCCUAACAGCCAUUCCCGCCUCUACAAUUGCCACAACAACUGCUACCAGCUCAACAAAAAGUACCACCGCUCUGGGAUCUGCCACCUACGACUCUAUCCAAGAAGCGCUCUCAGUCCAUUGCAGACUUGCGGCCAUCACUGUGACUGUCACUAAGAAUUUUCUUCUGAGCUCCAUGAUCCAGGAGAGUGCACUUUACUUGGGCACGGUGGGCUGUGGCAUCAAUGGCGGCAAUGACACGCACGUGGAGCUGACCGUGGCCUGGAAUGAGUGCGACACUAAACUUGUGCAUAAUGAAACCCACUACAUAGCCUCUGUAAACCUGUUUAACACUAUGCAUCCAUACACUUCACCAACGGGAGCGACAGAGGUGCCCAGAAAACAGCUGGAAGUCCCAAUCAUGUGUACCUACAUGAAGAGCAUGCUUAUUUCUGCAGACCUUAGCCCCAUGGGGUAUGACUUAAUUAAAAUCACAGGAUCGGGGUCAUUCCAGGUGAGCGUGCAUCUGUUGGACGGUGCAGUGCCUCUGCCUUACAACUACAGCCUGUCCCGUGAGCAGCCCGUGGUAGUGGAGGUCAGACUCAACACCUCUUCAGAUCACAUUAAAGUAGUCAUCAGCAAGUGCUGGUGCACUCCCACCCCAAACCCCAUAGACGCCUACAGCCGUGUCUUCCUGGAGAAAAGCUGUCCCCUGAAUGCAUUCACCAAAGUGAUGAUGAACGGGAACUCCAGCACGUCCCGUCUGUCCGUGCAGAUCUUCUCCUUUGUCAACCUGAAGGUGAUCUAUGUGCACUGCGAGGUUCAGAUCUGCCUGCAGACUGAAUCGAAUAGCUGCGUGCCAGACUGUCGCCAGAGAACAGCUCGAUCUGUAAAUGCACUUGAAACGAGGUUGGCUUCAGUUGGGCCUCUGAUCCAUUCAGAUGAAGAGCCCUUGGAUAAGGAGCUGAGCACUCUAAAUGUAGUUGGACUUUCCAUUCUGGGAAUUUGCUUGUCGCUCUUCUUCAUCUGCUCCCUCGCCUGCCUCUUCUACUGCCAGAGAAACCGCAUCGGACACUACAAUUUUAACGUCAAACCCAAAGAGGAGAAAUUUACCUACCUUGCCUAGAACACCUAAUGACAGCCACUGCACCCGCAGACACACAAUUAGAAGAGAUUAGUCGCUGCUUUUACACUACACCUGCCACCAUGUGUCACUGUUGCACCAUUCACCCUUCAUCGUGUACAUGAAACUAUUAUGUACAGUUUGAAUUUAAAUUCCACCUGCACCUUUGUAUAAUUAAGAUAUUCAAACGAUAGAGUGGUUGUAUACAGGGAAACUAUCAAUAUUUCAUGCAUGACAUAUUUAAUGACUGCAGAGAAUCAGAUACCAAAUAACUAUGCAGGUGUUGGUCUCUGUAUCCUAUUAUAUAGUCAAACGUGUUCAUAGCUGCCUCUUUAAAUCGUGUUAGCUGCUAUUUUUUGCUCUCUGUUAUCUGUUGUGUUUACUGACACAUAAUUUGUGCUCUAAGUGGUGAGACAAUAAACAAGUCCUGUAUGAA